CCCCCCCCGCCCCAGCCCGGCGUUCCCUGUCCCCUGGCGAGCCCGCCUCUGUCCCCUCCCGCUUGGGAGACGGACUCCGGGGGCUCAGGCCGGGUCUAGCUGGUCUGACGGGCCCCGCAGGUGGCCUUGCUCCCUGCCAGACCCUCCUGACGGUCGGGGCCCAGCGCCCGCAACUCGUGGCUUUGUUCUGUUUCGUUUCGCUUUUCACGUGCUUGGUUCGGGCGGUGUGCGUCGGUCGCAGCUCGCGCUGCUCGGCGAGCACGGCGUCUUGGAGUCCACACAGCCCCUUCCUCGGCCCAUGGCUCGGGCGUCCCUCUUGUUGGCUGCAAGAAGACACCCGGUACAACAAUGCCAUCCCCACUGGCCCCCCCACGCCUGCCCUCUGUGGACCCCGUGGCUAUCCUGGACCAGCCUGAGGCAGCGCGCCUGCGCUUCCGGGGAUUCUGCUACCAGGAGGUGGCAGGUCCCCGUGAGGCCCUGGCCCGGCUCCGGGAGCUGUGCCGCCAGUGGCUGCGGCCCGAGGCGCACUCCAAGGAGCAGAUGCUGGAGCUGCUGGUGCUGGAGCAGUUCCUGGGCACGCUGCCUCCCGAGAUUCAGGCCUGGGUGCGGGCCCAGCGGCCCGGCAGCCCUGAGGAGGCCGUAGCCCUGGUCGAGGGCCUGCAGCAUGACCCUGGGCAGCUGCUGGGCUGGAUCACAGCCCAUGUCCUGAAGCAAGUGGUGCUCCCGGCAGCACAGAAGACGGAGGAGUCUUUGGGGAGCUCCCACCCUUCAGGGACAGUGGAGCUCCUCAGGGCAACCUCUGCGGAGGCCUCACAGGACACCCCCGUGGAGAAGUCUGCCCAGCUUAGCUGCAGUGUGAAGGAGGAGCCAGAUGCUGAUGGGCAGGAGAUGGCACCUUCCAACCCCCCAGAUCCAGCCCAGUCCCACGAGGGGCGCCCUGGACACCGGGAACCAGCCUCCAUGUCCUUCCACCCACCCAGGAUUCAGCAGGGAUACCAGCCCCCCCGCCGGAGGCACGGGCUGAGUCGGGGCCGGGGGCCAUGUGUACAGGGACAGAGGGUAGAAGAAACCUCCACCCGGGAGAGGAGAGGGAGAGUCACUGCGAGGGUCCGCCCCACUGCCCAGAGGCCCAGCCACCCCGGGGCCCGGGGUCUGUCACCUGGGAGGGCCCGUCUGGGGCCCCUGUGUCUGCCAGGGCAAUGCUGGGAACAGAGCUGGAGCCUGGUGCCCCGAGGAGGAAGCCUUACACCUGUGAGCUGUGUGGCCGAGGAUUUGACUGGAAAUCAGUCUUUGUCAUCCACCACCGGACGCAUGCAGAUGGGCAGGGUACACGGGCCCCGGCACUGGCCGUCGGGGGUGCUCAGAAGCUGCCACAGGGUUCCCAGGAGCCAGGCACACCCCGGUACCCCCGGCGCGUGCUCCCAGGGCCCCGGAACUAUGCGUGUGAGGAGUGUGGGCGCAGCUUUAGCUGGAAGUCGCAGCUGGUCAUCCACCGCAAGAGCCAUGCGGGUCAGCGGCGCCACUUCUGUGGAGACUGCGGCCGUGGCUUCGACUGGAAGUCCCAGCUGGUUAUCCACAGGAAGAGCCACCGGCCUGAAGCCCCGUGAGUGGCUCGAGAAGGCGGCCUCAUCUUGGGGGCCUUGGAGCCUCCAGGGCCUGGACACAGUUCCCGGGGCUCUGGUUCCAGCCGUCCCAGGGCUGCUCAGCCUCUGUGAAUCAGAGUUUCCAGGAGGGUCCCCUGCCCCAUUUCAGUCUCCCCAAAACAGCCACCUGGGUGUAAGUAAAAGAAGCUGCCUGGUGGGGCCUGGCUUGGAACCCGCGGCCUAAGCCUGGUGACUUCCAAGCUCUGAGAUCCCCAGCUGUGACCUGAUGCAGGCUGACAGGCUAAGGACUCUCGCUACCCCUGGGACCUUAGUGGCCCCAGGUGGAUGCUCAGAAACUGCCCCUUUCCACCCUUCCUGAAGCUUCUGGGCCUGAUGUCUUGGUGUGGAAGGUGCUGAAAGCUCAGAAGAGCAUGCUUUGCUUCUGUUUGCAGGCGGAUGGAAAACUUAACGACCCUCCACAUUUGAGAUUUUUAAAAAUUCCACUUUUAUAAUGGGAAGUUUCUGCAUAGGAAUUCUGAUCUCUGCUUUCUGCUGGUCAGAACAUCAGCAGUGCCACUCCUGCCUGGCAGCUGGACCCACAAGAAGGGCCAGCAGUCCUGGCCUCCUGGCCUCCUUUGUUCCUCGGCCACCAUGUCAUUCCUUGGACUCCUUGGCCUUUGAGCUCUUGAGUCUCAACUUGAGUGGACCCUAAGGGGACUUCCUUCGCAAGUAUGGAUGAAAAAGGGUGGCCACUGAGGAAGGGUACACAAACGGAUGUCACUGGGGCCAUGUGAUUUAAAAGUAGUUUGUGAUCACUUGGACUAAUUUGAAAUAUACAAGAGAGCACAGGUAAGGGGAAUGACCCUGAGUUCCACUGUCUCG